GGCGAGCCAAAUCUUUGGGCCCCAGAAAUCCCAAUUGUGAAAAUCUAACACUACCUAUACUAAAAUAUGCACCAUUUGCUCGUAAGAAAAGGUUAAUCGCACAAGAAUCCAACGUCAACACCUGGUCCACUCCCAUCCCCUCUCCAAACUCCUAAGCAAGCGAAGCUAUCUAUCGGCUAUCCACCUCCUCCCUGGACAAAUUUGCCGGCCGAAGUAUAAAUGGCAAGCCGCCACCGGCAGCGCCGCGACCGGACAAAACCACACUUAUAAGCCACGGACAAGCCGCAACAGCACGACGCGCCGUCCUUCUCCACCCGCGCCACCACACCGGCCGGCAGCAGGAGGAGAGAGCGCGGGUGGGAGAAGUACAGCUUGAUGGCUACCGCCGUCGUCGCGGCGGCGCCGCCACCCCCGGCGCUGCCGGAGCGGAGAGUGCCAGUGGUGCCGCAGCUUGCGGACGACGGUGGUGGAGGCGGCGGAAGGGGGGACGUACGGGGGAGUAGCGCGGGUGGCGGCGGGAGCGGGAGCGGUGGCGUGGCGGGCAUCUCGCCGAGCAUCCUCAUCAUCGCGGUCAUCGUGGUGGUGAUGCUGCUCGCGUCGCUGUGCAUCCACUACUUCAUCCGCCACCUGUGCCGCCACGUGGGUCCCGCGGGGUCGUCCUCCGCUUCGUCCCGGCAGGCGCCGCCGCUCCCGCUCGUGGUGCGCCCCGCGGCGGGGGCUUCCGUGGCGCCCGCUGACGGCCAGGGAGGAGGAGGUGGAGGUGGGAAGGCCGCCGCGGCGGCGGAGGCGGAGGCGGAGCGGCUCAUCGCGCGCCUGCCGCUAUUCACGCUGUCCUCGUCGCUGGCGUCGGUGCCCAAGUCGUCGCGCGACUGCGCCGUAUGCCAGAGCGCGUUCCGCGACGACGACGAGCUCCGCCUCCUGCCGGCCUGCCGGCACGCAUUCCACUCCCGGUGCGUGGACCCGUGGCUGCGCGGGAACCCGUCGUGCCCGCUGUGCCGCGCCUCCAUCGCGCUGCCCCACCCGCCGCUCACUGACCUCCUCCGUGUCGAGCUCGGAAGCGUGAGCAGCCGCCGCUCCAACCCCGACGCCGCCGCCGCCGCCGUCCGCGCGUACCCGCUCCCGAGCGGCCUUCCAAACUCGGCGUCGUCGGAGUACCUCGUCGAAGAGGAGGUCCAGGUCGUGCUCAAGCCGAGCCCGCAUGCCGCCGUCGGGUCCAGCGACCCGCCGAGCCAGCAGAAUCAACAGCCGCAGCCGCAGCAGCUCGCUGCAGUGGAGCGCGGGCAGCCGUCGUCGUCGACCUUGGGCCUGACCCCGACGGCGUCGUUCAGGUCCACGGCGGAGCGGUGGAGCAGCAGGUGGAGCAACCGGUGGAGCAGCCGGUGGAGCAGCGGGCGCUGGAGCAGCCGGUACGACGCCGGGACCGUGACGGCGGCGGCCACGGCGGAGUGGUGGUGGGACAUGGACGGCGGCGCGGCCCCCGCGGGGAGGCGGCGGGAGGCAGACGACGGCAGCGCGUCGUUCUACGGGUUCGUGCGGUGGCUCACGGGUGCAUACUAGCAGACACGCUCUUCGUAGUACGGUGCAACUGCAAGCGUCCAUACAAAGCGGUUGAAGCUAGCUUUGGCCCCUGCGGCGGCGGUGGCACCCGGCGGCGCCGGCGUGCGGUGUUCCCGAAAGGUCCUCCUCGUCGUCUUCGUGAAACGAAUCGAAAGGAUCGUGGCGUCUGGCUCUUCUUUUCGGCAUGCGAGCGCCGAUUUUUAUUUUAUUUUUUGUUUUAUUUUUCGGGGGCGGGUGGGUGGAUUCCGAGGGCGGAGAUGCCGUUUGCGGAUUUCAAAACUGCUUCCGAAUUGGAGAAUGUCGGCGGGAAGAAUGAGGAAUGAAUUUGGGGACUUUUAGGCAGCAGCACAGCACUCUCGACCAAUCAAAAGAAAAUUUUAAACUUUCCAGCUUGGAGAAUUCGGGGACUUUUGCUGCAUUUUGAUUAGAUUUCGUGGAACUCAUUAUUGUGCGUAGUAUGUAGUGUGGAUUGCCCGUUGUACAUAGCUAAUAAAUUGACAAGGUGGAUUUUGGUGUAGGUUUUGUUGUGUUACGGUGGUGCACAUCUACAACGUUGAAGCAAACUUUUGGCAGUAA